UCACUCCCUUUUUUGUUUCUUCUUUGUUUUGAAGGGAGGGGGGGAGAGGAGCACUCGACAGGAGGAGGAGUGCUCUGUGGGCGCUCUAACUUCACAGAGGAACAUGGGGCAGAGCGUUCCUGGAGGCAUAAAGACUAUUGACAUGAGGGACCCAGCGUUCAGGCCUCUGGAGCUGGCAGCUCUGGACUAUAACAAGCCCUCCAGGCUGGAUCUGCUGCUGGACAUGCCCCCUGCUGGACAGGAGGUCCAGAUGCAGCACUCGUGGAACAACAACGACCGAUCGCUCAACAUCUUCGUCAAGGACGACAACAAACUGGUCUUCCAUCGGCACCCCGUGGCUCAGAGCACGGAUGCCAUCCGGGCCUGUAUCGGCUACACCCGGGGGCUACACAUCUGGGAGAUCAGCUGGGCCAUGAGACAGCGGGGCACGCACGCCAUCGUCGGUGUGGCGACGGGAGACGCGCCUCUUCAUUCUGUAGGCUACACGACCCUGGUGGGUAAUAACCACGAGUCCUGGGGCUGGGACCUGGGACGGAAUAGACUUCACCACGAUGGGAAGAAUCAGCCCAGUAAGAUGUACCCUGCGUUCCUGGAGCCAGAUGAGACGUUUAUAGUCCCCGAUUCAUUCCUGGUAGUGUUGGACAUGGACGAGGGGACUCUGAGCUAUAUUGUGGACGGACAAUACUUAGGGGUGGCUUUCAGAGGACUCAAGGGGAGGAAGCUGUACCCUGUCGUCAGUGCUGUGUGGGGGCACUGUGAAAUACGAAUCCGCUACAUCAAUGGACUCGAUCCUGAGCCUCUCCCUCUGAUGGACCUGUGUCGGCGCUCCGUGAGGGUAGCUCUGGGCAGAGAACGACUGAGUGAGAUCCAUGGUCUGCCUCUACCAGCCUCUCUCAAGAAUUACCUGCUCUACCAAUGACCCCCUCAGCACAACAUAGAGAACAUAUCUUAGAUCCGUGGACUGCCCCGUCUGUUGCCUCAAUACAUACACAGAACAUGUCUCUCUCUCUCUCCUCUGACUGCCCUGUCUGUUGUCUCAAUACAUACACAGAACAUGUCUCUCUCUCUCCUCUGACUGCCCCGUCUGUUGCCUCAAUACAUACACAGAACAUGUCUCUCUCUCUCCUCUGACUGCCCUGUCUGUUGUCUCAAUACAUACAGAAAACAUCUCUCUCUCUCCUCUGACUGCCCUGUCUGUUGUCUCAAUACAUACAGAAAACAUCUCUCUCUCUCCUCUGACUGCCCUGUCUGUUGUCUCAAUACAUACAGAAAACAUCUCUCUCUCUCCUCUGACUGCCCUGUCUGUUGUCUCAAUACAUACAGAAAACAUCUCUCUCUCUCCUCUGACUGCCCUGUCUGUUGCCUCAAUACAUACAGAAAACAUCUCUCUCUCUCCUCUGACUGCCCUGUCUGUUGUCUCAAUACAUACAGAAAACAUCUCUCUCUCUCCUCUGACUGCCCUGUCUGUUGUCUCAAUACAUACAGAAAACAUCUCUCUCUCUCCUCUGACUGCCCUGUCUGUUGUCUCAAUACAUACAGAAAACAUCUCUCUCUCUCCUCUGACUGCCCUGUCUGUUGUCUCAAUACAUACACACAGAACAUGUCUCUCUCUCCUCUGACUGCCCUGUCUGUUGUCUCAAUACAUACACACAGAACAUGUCUCUCUCUCUCUCUCUCUCCUCUGACUGCCCUGUCUGUUGUCUCAAUACAUACACAGAACAUGUCUCUCUCUCUCCUCUGACUGCCCCGUCUGUUGUCUCAAUACAUACAGAAAACAUGUCUCUCCCUCGCUCUGUCUGUCUCUGGGAUUUUCCCCCUCAGAAGGGUAGCUCAACCAGUUCAACAACUCAACACAUCACUCCAGCCUCUCGGUUCGAGCUCUGACUCAUCCUUCCCAGCCCUCAGGGUUGGUUUGUACCAAUCACACCACAGAGUGAGAAGAACAUCAUUGUGUGAUGCCUGGAGUGUUCAGGAAGCCGUAGAGACCAUGAUUGGUAAUGGGUCAAGUCUUUUACUUCUAUAAUCCUGUUUAUGAUGGUUUACUUCAACCGUGUACUGGGAUAUCCACGUCGAUGACAUGCAUGACAUGCAGAGGGCUUUAUGCGUAUCUUUGCUGGUCCUGAGGGCUUUGAGAUGACUGCCAUAGUGGUACUACAAUAUGUCUUGUCUGUCUGUGUGUUGAAGUGCAAUGAGUUUAAGUGGUACCGUCAGUCUGUUGUGAUCGCAACACCUCCUUAAUAGUGAUUUUCGACUUUGUCUCUCCUUUUCUGUUUUGUUGUCUUAAAUGAAAAUUCAAUCAAGUGAUUGCUGUCUGACCAUGUCCUGUUGGUAAAUAGUUGGUUUGUUGUGUUGGAGUCCAACCCCCCCUUCAGUUUGUGAAGGGGUUUUGUUGCAUGUUGAAAACUAUUUGUAAACAUUUUCCAAGCACAAGGUGGUGCCAUUUCUCAUCUUCACUUGUUCCUCCUCUUUUAGUAGUCCAUCAGGAAAUGGUACUCCUUUUUAUAUACUUGAGAGAUUUCAUGAGAUUUCCUUGGAAGGUUUUUAAUAAAGUUAGUUAGUGCUCACCUUCCUCACACUCUCCAGUAGAUGAUGGUUGAUCUCAGCCCAGACUGUGUGUGCCUGGUGAUGGCCAUGCACUGACCACCUGCCAUAUUAUUGUGGUGUGUGAUAUAUAUAUACCACACAACACUGGCCACCUGUUACUAAGGCGGUGAUACAACUCCAUUACUCCUGGAAACAUCAGCACCGCAGUUUGUCCUUCAAGGUGACCGUACACCUACCCCCAACCUUUUAAAGGGACAGUUCACCCAAAUUACCCCCCCCCCCCCCCCCACCAUGAUAGUAUAAGCUGUCUGGACAAGGACGGAGUACAAUCCAAGCUUUGGGUUCGUUUACCUAGAAUCCCGUUAUCCAUAGACCUGCUUUCAGGGUAAAAAAAAAAAAAGUAUCGUUUUAUUUGGGUGAAGUGUGCCUUUAACUCUGCUCUGCUGCGCUAUCAGGUUUUCUCCCUGCAAUAUUUGAAGCACCUGUUAAAUGUACCGAUGUCCCCAGCAGAUUUUUAUUGAAGAGCUUUAUAUAUAUGAAUGAUGACAUCGCUGUGAGAAUUUCUAACAUGUACUAGCAGACUGUUUUGUCAUUGGUCGCCAAGCCAUUCACUGUACAAUGUCCGUGGCCAAUAGUCUUUCUCUCUGCUUUGGACCCAUGGACUCUUUCAUGUGUGUCAAGGACUUGUUUGCGUAUAAUGGAUGGUUAGGUAAUUCUGACAUGUGUGGGGAUGUCAUUGGAAGGUGUGGGGUCUUUUUUUUUUUUUUACUAUUGUUUUGUUUUAGUUGGAAAGCAUAUGUUCAAACGGUACUCUGUAUAGUGGUCUACCUUUUUUUUAAAUGGGCGGAUGUAGUCGGCGAUGUGCUUGACUGCCUCGAUCAUGUUUUUUUCCGAUUUUUUUUUUUUUUAAACAUUUUUUUUAUUUUUUUAGUUUGCUCAUUUUAUUUUUCUUUAUGUAGUAACUUCCAUAAUAAAACUUUAUUUCAAAUUA